CCCGAGCAGCCCGCGGAUGAGAACCCCCGGGUGCCCAAGGGCGAUGGCACCAAGAAGCAGCUCUCGGUGGAGCACAUCUACCAGAAGAAGACGCAGCUGGAGCACAUCCUGCUCCGGCCCGACACCUACAUCGGCUCCGUGGAGCUGGUCACCCAGCAAAUGUGGGUUUUUGAUGAGGGCUUGGGCCUUAACUGCAGAGAUGUGACCUUUGUGCCUGGCUUAUACAAAAUCUUUGAUGAGAUUCUAGUCAAUGCUGCAGACAACAAGCAGAGGGAUAAAAGCAUGUCAUGCAUUAAAGUUACAAUUGAUAGAGAUAACACAAUCAGUGUAUGGAACAAUGGGAAAGGUAUUCCAGUUGUUGAACACAAAGUGGAGAAGGUCUAUGUGCCUGCUCUCAUCUUUGGACAGCUACUGACAUCCAGCAACUACGAUGACAAUGAAAAGAAAGUCACAGGUGGGCGAAAUGGUUAUGGAGCCAAACUGUGCAACAUAUUUAGCACAAAAUUUACUGUGGAAACUGCAUGUCGCGAAUACAAAAAGUUAUUCAAGCAGACCUGGACAGACAACAUGGGAAGGGCUGGUGAAAUGAAACUAAAAUAUUUUGACGGAGAAGAUUACACGUGUGUCACUUUCCAACCUGAUCUGUCAAAAUUCAAAAUGAAAAUUCUUGAUAAAGACAUUGUAGCACUAAUGUCUCGAAGAGCAUAUGAUAUUGCUGGAUCCACAAAGGAUGUCAAAGUUUUCCUAAAUGGACAGAGGCUGCCUGUGAAAGGAUUCCGCAGUUACGUGGACCUCUAUCUGAAGGACAAAGUAGAUGAAACUGGUAAUGCACUUAAGGUUAUCCACGAGGAAGUAAAUUCUCGAUGGGAAGUGUGUUUGACUUUAAGUGACAAAGGCUUCCAGCAAGUUAGCUUCGUCAACAGCAUUGCCACUACAAAGGGUGGCAGGCACGUUGACUAUGUAGCUGACCAGCUUGUGACUAAACUCAUUGAUAUUGUGAAAAAGAAGAACAAAAACGGAGUUGGAGUGAAGCCUUUUCAGGUGAAGAACCACAUGUGGAUUUUUGUGAAUGCCUUAAUUGAAAACCCAACCUUUGACUCUCAGACUAAGGAGAACAUGACUCUGCAGCCAAAGAACUUUGGCUCAACCUGUAAACUGAGUGAAAAAUUUACUAAGGCUGCAGCUGCCUGUGGCAUUGUUGAAAGUAUCCUAAACUGGGUAAAAUUUAAAGCUCAGAGCCAGCUGAAUAAGAAAUGUUCGGCUGUGAAACACACUAAGAUUAAGGGUGUUCCUAAACUGGAUGAUGCCAAUGAUGCUGGCAGCAAGAAUUCUUUAGAUUGUACGCUUAUCCUGACCGAGGGAGACUCGGCCAAGACACUGGCUGUCUCUGGUCUAGGAGUGGUUGGUAGAGACAAAUAUGGAGUAUUUCCCCUUCGUGGGAAAAUACUCAACGUCAGAGAAGCUUCUCAUAAGCAGAUUAUGGAAAACGCUGAAAUCAACAACAUCAUCAAGAUUGUGGGUUUACAGUAUAAAAAGAACUAUGAAGAUCAAGAAUCUUUAAAGAGUCUUCGCUACGGAAAGAUUAUGAUUAUGACAGAUCAGGAUCAAGAUGGAUCGCAUAUCAAAGGUUUGCUGAUUAACUUCAUCCAUCACAACUGGCCAUCUCUUCUAAGACACAACUUUUUGGAGGAAUUUAUUACUCCCAUCAUAAAGGCCUCUAAAAGCAAAGAAGAAAUUGCAUUCUACAGCAUUCCUGAAUUUGAAGAAUGGAAAAGCAGUACACAGAACUACAAUUCAUGGAAAAUCAAGUACUAUAAAGGUUUGGGUACCAGCACAUCGAAGGAGGCUAAAGAAUACUUUGCAGAUAUGGCUAAACAUCGAAUUGGCUUCAAGUAUUCUGGUCCUGAAGAUGAUGCUGCGAUCACCCUGGCCUUUAGCAAGAAGAAGGUAGAAGAGCGAAAGGAGUGGCUGACUAAUUUCAUGGAAGACAGAAGACAACGGAAGCUGCACGGUCUGCCAGAGGAAUACCUGUAUGGGAAAAAUACUAAUUACCUGACAUACAAUGACUUCAUCAACAAGGAGUUAGUGCUGUUCUCAAACUCGGAUAAUGAAAGAUCAAUCCCAUCUCUGGUUGAUGGUUUGAAGCCAGGGCAAAGAAAAGUUCUGUUCACAUGUUUCAAGCGAAAUGAUAAGCGGGAGGUGAAGGUUGCUCAACUGGCUGGUUCUGUAGCUGAGAUGUCCUCAUACCAUCAUGGUGAAGCAUCGCUGAUGAUGACUAUUAUUAACUUAGCUCAGAACUUUGUGGGCAGUAACAACCUCAACUUGCUACAGCCUAUCGGUCAGUUUGGCACAAGGCUGCAUGGUGGGAAAGACUCUGCCAGCCCUCGAUACAUCUUUACAAUGCUCAGCCCACUGGCACGGUUGCUGUUCCCACCAACGGAUGACAAUAUACUGAGGUUCCUAUAUGAUGACAAUCAACGUGUGGAGCCAGAAUGGUAUAUGCCUAUCAUUCCAAUGGUGCUGAUAAACGGGGCAGAAGGGAUUGGUACUGGCUGGUCCUGUAAGAUCCCCAACUUUGAUAUCAGGGAAGUUGUGAAUAAUAUCCGUCGUCUGAUGGAUGGAGAAGAGCUAUUGCCAAUGCUUCCUAGUUACAAGAAUUUCAAAGGCACGAUAGAUGAGCUGGGACCUAAUCAGUAUGUGAUAAGUGGUGAAGUGUCUAUCCUCGAUUCUACAACCAUUGAGAUCACUGAGCUGCCUGUCAGAACAUGGACACAGACGUAUAAAGAGCAAGUUCUGGAGCCAAUGUUAAAUGGGACUGAGAAGACACCCCCACUAAUCACAGACUAUAAAGAAUAUCACACAGACACGACAGUGAAGUUUGUAGUGAAGAUGACGGAAGAAAAACUAGCUGAAGCUGAAGCAGUGGGGCUGCACAAGGUCUUCAAACUCCAAACAAAUUUAACAUGCAACUCCAUGGUUCUUUUUGACCAUGUUGGCUUUCUCAAGAAGUAUGACUCUCCCCAGGAUAUUCUCAAAGAGUUCUUUGAACUCAGACUCCGAUAUUACAAUUUGAGAAAAGAAUGGCUUAUUGGAAUGCUAGGUGCCGAGUCUGCAAAACUGAGCAACCAGGCUCGUUUCAUCCUGGAGAAAAUAGAUGGCAAAAUUGUGAUCGAAAACAAACCCAAGAAAGAGUUGAUUCAAGUUCUUAUCAAGAGAGGGUACGAAUCUGACCCAGUGAAGGCUUGGAAGGAUUCACAAAACAAGGAAGAAGAGGAGGAGGAGGAGGAGAGUGACGAAUCAGCUGCAGCCACCGGACCAGACUUCAACUAUCUGCUGAACAUGCCCCUUUGGUAUCUGACUAAAGAGAAGAAAGAUGAGCUCUGUAAGCAGAGAGAUAACAAAGAAAAGGAGCUGGAAAACCUUAAGAGCAAGAGUCCCUCUGAUCUAUGGAAGGAAGACCUUGCUGUCUUUGUUGAAGAACUUGAUGCAGUGGAAGCCAAGCAAAUUCAGGAUGAGAUGACGGGGUGUGUUGGUAAACCUUUAAAGGUGAAAGGAGGGAAAACGAAGGUGAAGAAGACGCAACUGUCAGAAGUAAUGCCAUCACCUCAUGGCAUAAGGGUUGUUCCUCGGAUAACUGCAGAGAUGAAGGCAGAGGCAGAGAAGAGAACUAAAAAGAAAAUAAAGAGUGAAAAAAAUGAGUUUGAUGAGAAUCAAGAAGAAAACACAUCAGGAGACAAAGAAUCUGCAGGCCUGAAGCAGAGAUUAGCGCAGAAGCUUAAUACUGAGCAAGGUGCUAAGAGACAGGCCACUCUACCGUUUAAGCCAUUAAAGAAAAUGAAGAAACGAAACCCUUGGUCUGACUCAGGGUCUGAGUCAGAGUCUGAUUUUGAAGUGCCUCCUCGCAGAGAGAGAGUGGUUCGCCAGGCAGCAGCCAAAGUCAAGACCAUAAUCAGUUCGGACUCAGAUGAAAAUCUCUCCAGCUCAGAUGAGGAGUCUGAAUUUCAUGGCGACAGUGAAAGCAACUCUGAAUCGGAUACAAACUCAAAAGAAAAACCUCCUCCCAAGCCCAGAGCUGCUCCGAAGGAAACCACUGAAAAAGCAGCUAAAGCUCCCAAGCAAAAGCCAGUGCAAAGCGCUAUCCCUGUUCAAGUCCAAGAUGUUGCUAACGAAAAUGUGAGUCAAGCUCCUGCAGCUCCUUCUGUCUCUGUGCCUAGCAGUAAGGCUGUAUCUAAAAAACCUGCAGCUAAGAAGGCCAGUGCCACCAAGGAUAACCAGCCGUCCAUCGUGGAGAUUCUAGCCAAGAAAAAGGCUGCGCCCAAAGCCAGCAAGCCGGCGGCGAAGGAGGGAUCCCUGGAUUCUGAGACUGGAGCAGCGGGUGACAAGAAGCCUGGCCAGACCAAGGGGUGGAAAGUUGUCAAAAGGCAGCCAAGUUCUUUGGAUUCAGAUUCAGAUUCAGAUUUUGGCUCAAAGCCUUCCAAAUCAGUCGCAGCAAAGAAAUCCAGGCUGGAAGACAAUGGUAGCGUUACUGUUGAUCCAACAGCUCUUGCAGACAGCCCCGUAGCAGCUGUGCCCCGUACCAGACCUGGACGUCUCAAAAAGCCUGUCCGGUACUUGGAGGAGUCCGAUGAGGAUGAUAUGUUUUGA